CUCUCGGUGGCACGUGCAUAUCACGUGACUAUUUCAGUCUGAUAUGGAGACCGGAAUGCGACCAGAUCUCUCACAAGGUGAGACCGCCUAGCGCGAGCGCCCGUGAGCCCGUCGGAAAUGCAGGGAGGCUCCACCGGCAUCGUCUACGGCGGCCUCAAGUACCAGGCCAGAUGCAUCGCCGACGUUAAAGCUGAUCCGGAUCACACCAGCUUCCUCGCCGGCACCCUCAGCCUUCGAGAAGAGAACGAGGUCCAUUUGAUCCGGCUCUCGCCCUCGGGAACGGAGCUCGUGUGCGAGGGCUUGUUCUACCACCCCAGCGAGAUCUGGGAUCUCAAGUCCUGCCCCUUCGAUCCAAGAAUCUUCUCCACCGUCUUCACCUCCGGUAAAAGCAAUCGAUCUUCCUAUUCGAAUUGCGUGACCUCAUUCUAUAGGGAUUCCAUUUGGACGUAGUUAUGCAGCAUUUUGUCGUUUUAAUCAAGAUUUGUGUAUGUAAUUCUGGAUAGCAGCAGGUGUUAGCUAGGGUUGGUGGUAUACUUAUCAGAUCUGCGUAAUUUGUGGUUGAUUCUUGUUGGGGGGAAUAAAGUUUCCCCCAAAUGACAUAAAUGCCCCUAAGAAGCCGUACAACCUCCGACCUCGGACAGCCGAAGUCAGCGUCCGACCUCGGAAC